AUGGCGGCGGGGUGCCGGGGGGGCUGUUGCGGGUGCUGUUGCUGCUGCUGUGGGGAAAGCGAGAGCCGCACCCCGGAAGAGCUGACCAUCCUUGGAGAGACCGAGGAAGAAGAUGAUGAAAUUCUGCCACGUAAAGACUAUGAGAGUUUGGAUUAUGAUCGUUGCCUCAAUGAACCGUACUUGGAAGUCCUAGAAAGUUUCGACAACAAGAGAGGCCAUCGCUACGAAGCGGUGAAGUGGAUGAUGGUGUUUGCCAUCGGAGUUUGCACGGGGAUGGUAGGUCUUUUCGUUGACUUCUUUGUCCGCCUCUUCACCCGAUUCAAAUUCCACGUGGUCCAGAACUCUGUGGAGGACUGCAGCGAGAAAGGUUGUCUGGCCAUUUCCUUGCUUGAGCUUCUGGGCUUCAACCUCACCUUCAUCUUCCUGGCCAGCCUCUGUGUCUUAAUCCAGCCAGUCGCUGCCGGUUCUGGGAUUCCGGAGAUCAAGUGUUACUUGAACGGAGUCAAGGUCCCUGGGAUCGUGCGCCUUCGGACUCUGAUCUGCAAAGCCUUGGGGGUCCUUUGCAGCGUGGCUGGAGGUCUUUUUGUUGGGAAGGAAGGCCCCAUGAUCCACAGCGGGGCUGUCGUGGGGGCUGGCCUACCUCAGUUCCAGAGUAUCUCUUUAAGGAAGAUCCAGUUUAACUUCCCCUAUUUCCGAAGUGACAGGGACAAAAGAGAUUUCGUUUCUGCUGGUGCAGCCGCUGGGGUGGCUGCAGCCUUCGGGGCCCCCAUUGGAGGGAUGCUGUUCAGCCUGGAAGAGGGGUCGUCCUUUUGGAAUCAGGGCCUCACGUGGAAAGUGCUCUUCUGCUCCAUGUCCGCCACCUUCACCCUCAACUUUUUCCGUUCCGGCAUUCAGUUUGGAAGCUGGGGGUCUUUCCAGUUGCCGGGCUUGCUGAAUUUUGGAGAGUUCAAGUGUCCAGAGUCUAACAAAAAAUGCCACCUGUGGACCGUCGUGGACCUGGGUUUCUUCAUCCUGAUGGGGGUCGGUGGGGGCCUCUUAGGGGCCACCUUCAACUGCAUCAACAAGAGGCUGGCCAAAUACCGCAUGAGGAACGUCCACCCCAAGCCCAAGCUGGUCAGAGUCCUGGAGAGCCUUUUGGUGUGCCUGACAACCACCCUUGUGAUAUUUGUCGCUUCGAUGCUUCUUGGGGAAUGCCGGCCGCUCUCUUCUGCGGACCAUGGAGACAACAGCUCCUCCUUCAGCCCGCAGGAUUCUUCCUCGGAGGAGGUUAAUUCAAGCAUCAAGACCUUCUUCUGUCACAAUAACACUUACAAUGACAUGGCCACCUUGUUCUUCAACCCACAAGAGUCCGCCAUCUUGCAGCUGUUCCACCAGGAGGGUACUUUCAGCCCUGUCACCCUCUCCCUCUUUUUCUUCCUCUACUUCCUGCUCUCCUGCUGGACUUACGGGAUUUCUGUGCCGAGCGGUCUUUUUGUCCCGUCGCUGCUCUGCGGGGCCUCUUACGGACGCCUAGUGGCCAACCUCCUGGAAAGCUACAUCGGCCUGGAUCACGUCUACUCCGGCACCUUUGCUCUGAUUGGAGCAGCCGCCUUCCUGGGCGGGGUGGUCCGCAUGUCCAUCAGCCUCACCGUGAUCCUGAUCGAGUCUACCAACGAGAUCACCUAUGGGUUGCCCAUCAUGAUCACCCUGAUGGUGGCCAAGUGGACCGGGGACCUCUUCAACCAAGGGAUUUACGACAUCUACGUGGCCUUGCGUGGGGUCCCCCUGCUGGAGUGGGAAGUCAGAACAGAGAUGGACAAGCUCAGGGCGAGCGACAUCAUGGAGCCCAACCUGAUGUACGUCUACCCGCACACCCGGAUCCAGUCCCUGGUCAGCAUUCUCCGGACCACGGUCCAUCACGCCUUCCCAGUGGUGACCGAGAACCGGGCCUACGAGAAAGAGUUUAUGAAGUGGGACCAGCUGAUCAGCAACAAUGUUAAGUUCAAGAAAUCCAGCAUCCUCACCCGGGCGGCCGAGCAGCGUAAACGUAGCCAGUCCAUGAAGUCCUAUCCCUCCAGCGAGCUGAGGAAUGUGUGCGAUGAGCACAGUGCGGCCGAGGAGCCCCCCGAGACGGAGGACAUGCUGCAGCAGAUGUUGGAGCGGAAAUACACUCCCUAUCCCAAUCUGUAUCCAGACCAGUCCCCCAGCGAGGAGUGGACGAUGGAAGAACGCUUCCGGCCUUUGACGUUCCACGGCUUGAUCUUGCGCUCACAGCUGGUCACUUUACUUGUCCGAGGAAUCUGCUAUGCAGAGAGUCAGUCGAGCGCCAACCAGCCUCGUCUCUCGUAUGCAGAUAUGUCAGAAGAUUACCCACGCUAUCCGGACAUCCAUGACCUGGAUCUUACGCUCCUGAAUCCACGCAUGAUUGUGGACGUCACGCCUUACAUGAACCCUUCUCCCUUCACCAUCUCCCCCAAUGCUCACAUCUCCCAAGUCUUCAACCUCUUCCGGACGAUGGGGCUGAGGCACUUGCCGGUGGUGAACGCCGUCGGGGAGAUUGUGGGCAUUAUUACUCGACACAACUUGACCCACGAGUCCCUCCAGGCCAGGCUGCGCCAGCAUUACCACACCUCCUAA